AUGUCUAAGCCCAAGUCCACGGAACCAUUUCCUUACACAUAUUCAUCAUUAGAUGAAGAGCAGCAGAUUCGCGAACCCGAUUUACCAAAAACAAGAUUGAAAUGGAUAUUGACUUGCCUUCUGUCAACCAUUCUCGGAGCAUUGGUGGCCUACGGAGUUACGCACUACAGAUUCAGAUUCGACGUCAGACUCGACAUUCAUUCGAAGGGUGUCUUUCACGAGAUUUCCUUGAUAGAAGUACCUUGGUACUCGGACAAGCGUUACACAACUUCGGACCCCAGUGAUCCAAAUGGUUCGGUAUGGGAUGGACUAGACCCAAUGGGCCAGGGGUGGAUUGAAGUCCCCAACUGGGAAGAACUUGGUCUUCAUCCUUCAGAGAAAAUCAGCCAUUAUCAAGUCUCGAUGUAUCACCAAUUACAUUGCGUUGCAAUUCUCAAAUCAAAGUUCCUUUAUGUCGAUUCGGUACUGGAGGGUGAUGGCCAGUCCGAAAAGACAGACUACAUCAGUCACGUUCAUAUUACACAUUGUCUCGAGUACUUGCGCCAAGCUAUCAUGUGCGCAGGCGAUACGACUCUUGAGCCCUUCACGCCUGAUCUCGGCCUGGACAUCUCACAUAAAUGCCGCGAUUGGGACGCUAUAUUUGACUUUGCGACAAUACAUCGAAGUACCAAUAAUACGGGAAUUUUGGGAUAGAUAUUGCGAUAUCGAGAUCGGCAUCAGCACAUCAACCGAACGAGAGGGAGGGCCGUCUUCAUUUUAUUACAGUUGUCUGCGUGCUCAAUUGCUUGUUGCUCGUUGUGACGGCUCGCAAUUGGACCUACCCUUCCAGCCAACAAGAUCCACCUGGAUACCUCAGAAAUCUCCGCGCAUCC